AAAAAAAUAAGAAAUUCAAAUUCUAUUGUUUAUUUAUUUAUUUAUUUUUUUUCUUUUGUCUAUUAUUAUUAUUAUUAUUAUUAAAAUGCUUUCUAUUUAUCAAGCUGCUUAUGAAGGAAAACUUUUCAUUGUUCAACAGAUGAUUGAAAAAGAUGACACUUUAGUGAAUUCCUUUGAUAAUGAUGGACGUAAUGCUAUUCAUUGGGCAGCGUCAGGAGGACAUGUAGAUAUAGUAGACUAUUUGUUAAAUAAAGGAGCAAUGAUAAACAGUCAAGAUAAAGAAGCAGGAUGGACCCCACUUUUGAUUGCAGUUUCUGCUGGACAUACAAAUGUUGUAAAAUUAUUAUUAGAUAAAGGAGCAGAUCCAUCCAUAGAAAACGAAACAAAACAAUCUGUAUUACAUUAUGCUGCAUCCAAAAAUAGAAUUGAUAUUUGUAAAGUAUUGUUGGAACAUAAUGCACCUGUCAAUCAAUUAAAUAAAUACAAGCAGACACCCUUGUAAGCAUAAAUGAUAUGAUAUGAUAUGCAUCUAUUUGUUACUAAAAAAGGAAAGAAAUGAUCUACUAUAGACAUCGUGCAGCUAGUGGAGGAUAUAUUAAAAUGAUUGAAUUAUUAUUAAAAGCAAAAGCAAGAGUGAAUCCAAAAGAUGCAGAAAAUAAUACUCCCU